AUGAUACCCGAAUUGCCGGCUGGCGUGUCCAGCUCCCCAUCAGCACAGCAUGCGAUCGGCCAUCUGCUUCUCAAGAGUCCUGAUCCCUACCCUGGCGCCGAGUACCUCCCCCUGGCAACCCUCCUCUUGCCAGUGCUAGGAUCGACUAUCCAUGGCUCGGUUGCCGAUUGGCAGCGUCUCCUCCUACUUGGCUUCACGCUGCAUCAUCUGAUACAGUUCAUGAGAUGCCCAUCAGGAUUGCUUCGGGCCUCAGCCGUACCAGCCUUCCCGACCCAAUCGGAAAUACCCCCUACCGCCAAUUGGGCCCUCGUCCAGCUAAGGAUCAUCAAGACAGCAGCUGUCAUCAUGCUUCUCGCGUCCCCCUUCCUGGCCGUAGGAUUCCUUCGAGCAGUCCAAUCAGCCAUGCGACCAGGAGAACCUCUUGUCGAUCGGUUUGCAACCCGACUGUGCUUCAUUGCUGUGGCCGUUCGACCAUGUGCAUUCCUAAUCAACAUCUUCCGGCCCCAUCGACCACCCCCUCCGAGCCAUUUUUCGAUAGCUGCCGAGGAGUUGAAGGUGCGCUCGCAGGCCUUGGAAAAGGCUCUCAUCGGACGGGCCGCCGUGGCAGCCACCAUCUCUGAUCUCACCGACCUACGCAGCCGGAUCAAAGACCCCAUCGCAGAUCUUCGCCGAGCUUUAGACAACCUUGCUCGUCAUCGCAAGUCGACCCUCCCAGCUACCGCCGCCGCCCAGCAAGUCCUGUCCAAAUCCACCACCCAGCUCGCCCAACGAACCCAAAACCUGGUUGAUCGGGUCAUGAAGCGCGAAUCAAUCCUCGCUCAACGUCGAGCCUCGGCGUCGGCUGUCCUCCUCGAACGUACAAAUGAAUUUAUCACCUCCACCGGAACUACUCUCCAGCGUCUUGGAUCUAGCUUGGCCCCUCCACAAGCCAAUCCUGAGUUUCAUUAA